UUAGAAAGCAUGGCGGAUGCGGACUCUCUGCAUGACAUGAGCUCGGACUUAGAUCAAGAUCCAAGUGCUGUAGACGCCGAUGUUGACGACGAUGAAGUGUCCGAACAAGGGCUUGAAGCUGCAUCUAGGAAGAAAAAUAAGAAAUUUCUUAAAAAGAGGAAACACAAAGAUAUUGAGAGGUCAAGUGGUGACUCCGACAGUCAGAUAGUGAAUGAUGAUGAAGACCAUGGUGUAAGGGUUCCCAUACUCCAUAAUCAGAACGAGCAAAACCAGUCAGGAAUGGAGGCGGACUCAGAGAGUCAGGGAUCUGGAUCCAAAGGAUCUGAAAAUGGACAGAAAAAGGAAGUUGGAGCUUCAGGUCCACUGACUGAGGAUGCACCAGAAACAUCAUCUCUGUCAGGAUUACAGAGGAUACAGAAAGCCGUUGAGCUCCUGUCUAUGGCACCAGCCGCACCCAAAAAUAUGGAGGAGGCAUCCAAGAAACGCUAUCAGUUCUGGGAGACACAACCUGUACCAAAGAUAAACGAGAAGAUCCAGACGACUGUGAAUGAGCCUAUAGAACUGGACAAACCUGUGGAAGAGAUCCGAAGUGACGCAUACACCCUUCCUGGGGGCUUUCGAUGGGAUACACUAGACCUUUGUGACCCCCUCAUUUUGAAGGAGCUGUACACCCUACUGAAUGAGAACUAUGUUGAGGAUGAUGACAACAUGUUCCGCUUUGACUACUCCCCAGAAUUCCUACAGUGGGCCCUGCAGCCUCCAGGCUGGUGUAAGGACUGGCAUUGUGGGGUGAGAGUUAUCAAGAACGACAAGCUGUGUGGGUUCAUCAGUGCCGUCCCGGCAAACAUCAAGAUGUAUGAUAAAUCAAAACAAAUGGUAGAAAUAAAUUUCCUGUGCGUCCACAAGCGGUUACGAUCAAAGCGGGUGGCGCCAGUACUUAUAAGGGAGAUAACUCGGCGUGUCCACAUGAGAGGACUUUUCCAGGCGGUGUAUACUGCGGGAGUUGUCCUACCAAAACCGGUGGCUUGUUGUAGAUAUUGGCACAGAUCUUUAAAUCCUAGGAAAUUAAUUGAAGUGAAGUUUUCACACCUAAGUAGGAAUAUGACUAUGCAGCGGACUCUCAAGUUGUACAAAUUGCCAGAUACACCAAAAACGCCUGGAUUUAGGAAGUUUACUCCAGCAGAUAUCCAGGAUGUUCAUGCUCUGCUGGCAACUUAUUUGCAGGGUCUAGAUUUAGCACCUAUAUUUUCUAUGGAGGAGUUCAAGCACUGGUUUAUACCCCGACCUGGAAUCAUUGAUAGCUAUGUGGUGGAGAGGGACGGAACAGUUACAGACUUUGUGAGCUUUUACACUCUACCAUCAACCGUGAUGCACCACCCGACACAUAAAUAUCUGAAGGCGGCAUACUCCUUCUACAACGUCAGCACAAAGACACCCUGGAACGAUCUGAUGCAGGAUGCACUAAUUGUGGCCAAGAGUAUGGGAUUUGAUGUAUUUAACGCCUUAGAUUUGAUGGACAACAAAGAAUUUCUGGAGAAGCUUAAGUUUGGCAUUGGAGACGGAAACCUACAGUAUUACCUGUACAAUUGGAAGUGUGCUCAGAUGAAUCCAGAACAGGUGGGAUUAGUGCUGCACUGAUGAAAUAGAGUAAAGAA